AGUUCUGUUUGGUAACAAUUGGCUGUCUGUUUUCUAUCAUUUUUUAUACUAUCCAUAGUAGACUUUAGCAUUAAAUAUAAUUUUAAUGAACAUCAUUAUUUUUUUAAACGUUUGAUUUAAUAGGAGGUGUUAAUGCCUGUUAAGACAUUUGACAUUAAUUUCGAUGACUGAAGGUUUUUACGAGAACUGACAAAAUCUUAUUGUACGAUGGCUUCCAAUGUGGAAAAUUUUAUGGAUAUGUCAUUAGAUGAAUAUAUUGCAACAAGGAAAAAUAGUUUAUACAGUAUUGAUAAAAAGAGCUCACGAGCAGGUAUCAACAUUUCGAACAACUCUGAAGCUGGAAGUCGAAACUCUAAAAUAAGCAAUGAUGCCAACGAUUAUAAUGAGAUUAUGGGCAAGAGUUUGCAAUCAAUAACUGAUGAGAAGACUACUGUGAGUUCUAGCGGUAAAAUAAAAGCGACAUUUGGCAUUUGGCGAGGUCCAAGUUGCGAAACCAAUUAUAUUGAUUUGGAUUAUAUGAAGGAUGAAUUCGAUGAGAUGUUCAAUGAUCCAGAAUUACAGUUAUCGAAUGAAGAAAAACAGAAAGUUCAGAAACUAAAAAAUCCCAAUGAUUUACGCGAACUACUUCAAAACAGUAAUAUAAUUGGUCGCAGUACUAUUAAAGAGCGUGAACAAUUUGAUCAUACCGAUAAUGAAAGAAACUGUAUACAAAAAAACACCCAGUUUAAGUCCAACUUGGAAACCCAACAAAAUGCAAUGUCGUUUUCAGGUGGUAGUGGACAGUUUCGUCGACGAUGGUAUAAUAAUCAGAAUGCCCGUAGGCGCAAUAAAGAUGGAUGUGGAAAUCGAAGAAACAACUAUAUAAAUAAUGAAAGCCAAAAUAUGAAUUGGAAUAAGAAUCGUAAUGGAGGAAGUGGUAGUGAAGGAUAUAAUGGAAAUAUUUUACCUAUUAAUAAUAGUGGACGUAUUCAUCGUUUUAAUCAGCGCAACAAUGAAGAUAAUUUGAACAAAAGAAUCAAAAGUGUACUGGAGCAAAUCAACAGUAACAAUUCAAUUUACCUUAAUAAACCGCGGGGUCCUGUUCGUGAUCUGACAAUUGAAUGUCCAAGUAUUACCGUUCCUAGACGACUUACAACAGGUGUGGUACAAACCACUGCACAACAAGUUUUGAAACCACCUGCAAAUCAAGCACCAAGUGAUAUAAAAGCUUUGCUAGGCGUCAAUGAUAAUAAUUUGAAAGCUGAUACCAUGGCAAUGUGGGCUGGGAAAUUAUUGGAGUUAUUUCAGUCUGGCCAAAAACAGACAGCGCACAAACCGAUAUACGAUAUGCAAAUUCAAAAAGAAAUUCACGAGUUACAGGGCAAAUCCUUACUUUACAAAUGUCCCAGUGGCGAGGUCGUAAGUUCCGACGGUUCAGGAAUUGAUAAUUGCAAAGUUACACCCAAUUCAAGUGGGGUAACACUUAACUAUAGAUUUGGCUAAACAUCGAAAUAUAGUUAGGGGAAACUUAACACCAGUUGAAAAAAAAUUGGUCAAUUACUUUUUUUUAUGUUGAAAUGAGGUUUUUAUAAGUUCUCUAUUAUCUGGUUUUGUUAUGGAUUUUUAUUUUAUUUUUUUAAAUGGAUUAUAAAAUUAAAGUUGAAUUCCUUAUAGAUAUUUGUGGAACAUAUUUCUUAGUGUUAAUAUUUUUUUUUUUUUUAUCGUGCUUUCCCUUUGUAAACUUAUGGAAGAUAAUGUUAUGCAUUUAACAUUUUAGGGGACAAUAUGUUAUGAUCAGAAUUUAAAUUCCGAAUUGUGAAAACAUAAUAUUAUUGUGAUCGCAAUGUGUGGAAAGAAGAAGCAAAUCAUACAAUUGUAAAUUUAGUUUAACAAAUAUAUGCCCCUUUUUAUCAAUGAAUUGGAAGACUCGACUAUUAAUUAUCUUUGCUACUAAUACUUAGAAGUGUAGCGUGUCCAACAGUUGACUUAGUUAAAUAAAACAUAUGUAGCAUAAACUAGAGUAUUGUAAAAUCAGUGAUGUCGAAUAAGUCAAAGUGAGUUUAAGUUUCUAAGCUAACCGGUGUAAUGAAUUGAAAGUAAACAUUAAUAUGCAUUCAUCAUAUUCGUGUUUAUAUUUUCAAAUAUAAUAUACCCUUAGAUAGGCACCAAAAGACUGCAACAUUUUUGCAUUGAAAUUAAGAAAUUUAAAAAGCUUUCCGUAAUAAUAAAUCCAGUAAAUAUAUAUAAUAUAUGAAAGAGGCAUACUUUAUAUGCAUAUGUAUGUACGUUUACACAUAGCGUGUAUAUAUAGAACAUAAUCUCUCGGCAGCUGUUUAAAAAGAAGUAGUUAGUGAAUACAAAUCUGUUUGUAUAUGUAAUUAUUUAACUUGAUGCUGAAGAUUAGUGGGCAGUAUUUAUUACAAUCAUAGACUUUAAUCGUACCUCGAAUAGUGGUCGAAAGUGUAGAAGAAAAAAUGAACUUGAAACUCAAUAAAAAACUUUAUCGUAUAUAAUAAGAGCCUAACCGGAUUCAUUCUUUGUUUUCGAGCGGUCUAUAGUAAUUGACAUUGGGUGAAUCUAUUGAUAACACAAAAUACGAGAAAAUAGGAGACAGAAAUGUUGAAGUCAAAAACAUUGACUCGUCAAAUUGCAAAAGAAUAUCGCAUGUGGCGUAAAAUCAGCAGCCAUAACAAGGGCUGUGGGAGUAUGGCUAAAUAUCCAUCAACCCAAUUUAAAUUACAACGUGCAUUAAUCAUUACCAAGUUUUCACGAUAUGAAUUUGAACAGAUGCGCAAUCCCCAGCUUAGUCGAGUACAAUUGGAGAAGAAGUUGCGUGAUCGUGGCACUGACUUUGAAAUGCUUAUGUACCUACAUAAUUUACAUAAGGACUUUGAAAGAAAUGUGGUGCAAAGUUUUCUCAAUGUGGGCUGCGAAGUGAAGGUGGCAAAUAGAAGCUCUCUAAGCAAAGAGAUCAUGAAAUGGGCUGAUUUGAUUGUACCGGUAGGCGGUGAUGGAACGUUUUUGCUAGCAGCGGGACGGGCAAGUCCACUCUUUGCUCAAAGUCAACAGAAAACACCCAUUGUUGGCUUUAAUUCAGAUCCCCAACGAUCUGAAGGACGAUUAAUGUUGCCAAAACAUUAUACAGAAAAUACAGCAGAUGCGGUAACCAAAAUAAAGAGCGGAGAUUUUCAAUGGAUGUAUCGAACUCGCAUCCGUACAUCUAUAUUAGGUAGUAAUGGCAAAAUACCUGAAUCCACUGACUUAUAUCGACACACUGUAACCAAAAUGGAACAAGAGAAAACUGAACCAGAAUAUUUAAGUAAAGCUUGGUCGUUACGUUAUAAGGCUAAAAUGAAAAGAGUUUUACCAUAUUUGGCGCUGAAUGAGGUGUUCAUUGGAGAGCAACUUUCGGCGCGUGUAUCCCAUUUGCAAUUAGUUAUCAAUCACGAGAAUAUAGACAAUAAAACAAAAUGUUCGGGGUUAUGUGUAAGCACUGGCACAGGAUCGACUUCAUGGCACACGAGUAUAAAUCGCAUUACAUCCCAACAAGUAGAAGACCUAUUAAGCAUAUUGCCUAUUCCUGACUCCGGCUGUGACAAACCAAAGCCAGUUUUUGAUUCAGACGAAAUCGCUACUCAGUACAACCAAAAUUUACGUUUCGGUCCAGAUGAUCCACGCUUGUGUUAUUCGAUCCGUGAGCAAAUAUGUGUGGGAGUUUGGCCCAGUCCAAGGAACUUCAAGGCACGCAAAUUUGUAAAUAGCUUAUUUGUGAAGUCUCGUUGUAUUGAUGCGAAUCUUGUUAUUGAUGGUAGUAUAUCAUAUCCAUUCAAUGAUGGGGCGAAGGCUUUGUUGGAAGUAUACCCAGAAGAUUCAUUACUUACCAUAUUCUUGGAUUAAAUCAUAACCUAUACUUUUUUUAUUAUAAAGCCUAAAUAUUAUGGAUGUAUUGUAUAUAUGUUAUACAAAUGUAUACAUAUGUAGAUACAUAAACUAUAAAUGUAAAGUGAGUCUGCCUAGUGCAUAUUUAGUUAUUUAUAUUGUUGAAAAAUAUAUACAUAAAUGCAUUGGCAUGUGCAGAUAUUAGUUUUAUAUUUUUUAUACACGGAAAAGGAGAAAAUCAGGCUUUUAAGUGUAUUUUUUGUUAUAAUGAAAAUUAUAGAAUUAAAUCAUUAAAACGUCGAGAUUUUGAAUAAUAUAAUGUUCAGAAGUUAACUUUUAAGCCGUUAAAUUACCAUAUUGCUUAGGUAUCAAAUAAUCGAUCGCGAAUAUGGCUUAAUUAUUUCACUUUGCAAUAUAAAAUAGCAAUAUACAACCACAUUUAAAGUUUUA